AUGGCAUCGGAAACUCAAAUUCAAAUUCCAGUAAUUGAUUUCUCCGAGCUAAAUAUGCAAAAUCAAGAUAAUCUUUCCAUCUGGGAAUCCAUAAGAACCGACGUUUUAAAAGCUCUCCAAGACUAUGGUUGCUUCGAAGCAUCAUCAGUUGUAUCAAUCGAUCUUCAAGAAUCUGUAAACGAUGCAUUGAAACAGCUCUUCAAUCUCCCAUUAGAAACCAAACUUCAAAACACAUCAGAAACAGCCUUUCAUGGCUAUGUUCAAUCUCCCAAGGUUCCACUCUACGAAAGCAUGGGAAUUGGUAACGCAUUUAUCCCUGAAAACGUUGAUAACUUCACCAAUCUAAUGUGGCCUCACGAUAACCCUAAAUUUCGCGAAAGCAUUAAAAUCUACUCCAAGAAGUUGCGAGAACUGGAUGAGAUAGUGAAGAGGAUGGUGUUUGAGAGCUUGGAUUUGGAGAAAUAUUUUGAUGAACAAAUGAAAUCAACAAAUUACCUUCUUAAGGUGAUGAAAUAUCGAGCACCAGAGCCAAAUGAAUCCAAUAUUGGACUCCAUACUCAUACUGAUACCAACAUAAUGACAAUUUUACAUCAAGACGAAGUCGGAGGGUUAGAAAUCCAGACUAAAAACGAUGAAUGGAUACGAGUGAAAGCUUCCCCAAACUCUUUUGUUGUCGUAGCUGGGGAAACUUUCAAUGUUUGGUUGAAUGGUCGAUUGCAUGUACCGUUUCAUAGAGUAGUGAUGAAUGAAAGUGUGUCUAGAUAUUCGCUCGGGUUUUUCUCGGUACAAAAAUCAAGCAACCUUGUGAAAGCAUUUGAUGAGAUGGUGGACAAAGAACGUCCUUUGCUUUACAAACCUUUUGAUUAUGGAGAGUUUCUUAAGUUCUUUUACAAAGAGGGUGGCAUUCAAAGCAAGUUCGCACUAAAGACAUACUGUGGUGUCUAA